AUGGAGUCGCAGAUUAAUGAAUUGGCAGUACUUCAGAUCAUAUACACGAUACUGUUGGUGCAAAACAAUGCAAGCAACGUGAAUGAAUAUAAAGUCUCAUUGGUGAAAUUAACGAACGAAUUUCAAAAUAACAUUCUAAUAAAUCAGAUUGUAAACCAUGAUAUGAAGCUGGAUAUCAACGAUAUAUUAGCGAUAAUUAAGAGAAUCUUUCCAAAUCAGAGAAUAUCAUUAAUCGAUGGACAGCUAAGUUUUCAUAAUUUAUCGUUGCGAGAGCUUGUUGCUGAUAUCAGUACUAGAGUGAACAGGUUUAUCAAAGAGCAGACUGAAGUGGUAAGAAGGCUGGAAGUGGAAAUAUUGGAACCAUCUACAACUCGUGCAAUACAAUCGCCACCACCUGCACAACCACAACCACAAUCACAGCAAUCGCAUCAACAGCGCAGUGUUGCAACAGUAGAUCCCAAAAAGGCCAAACUUCUGGAGCUGUACAGGGACACCGUAUUGAACAAACUGCAAAACAAGAGUAAUCAAAGCAAUAAUAAGAACCUUGAAUGGCUUUACGACACACUGUCAAGAAACAAAGACAUGGCAACGAUAGUAAGGGACAUUAUCAAGAUCGACUCUUUACGCAACGAUACGCCAACUAGUGUGCACGAAUUACAAUUGACGUUGCAGAAAAGCAUAUGCGAUGGACUGAUGUGUAGCUACACGGGCGAUAACACAUGGAAAAGCGCCAGGCAACUACAAGCCGACUUCGACGACACAGUACAAUUUAUGAGAAGAGCACUUGAGUAA